AUGUCCUCGAGAAGAGCUGCCGCUGCCGCUGCUCAAAAGCGUAAAACUCUCUCCUCUCCAGCUUCUGUUGAAAUUACCAUUUCUGCCCUUGAUUCUAAAAUCAUAGAGAACAAGAUCCCGACUCCAACCCAAUUCAACCAUUUGGUGAAUGAUCUAUUCAAUUCGAUUCGAGCCGGUGCUUUUGUGAGGUUAGAGGAUGCAGUGGGCCUCUUCAAUCGUAUGGUCCGCACGCAGCCGCUGCCUUCAAUCCGGACCUUUAAUCGCCUGUUAACUACUAUUGCUAAAAUGAAACACUAUUCGACCGUGAUUUCUUUGCAUCGGGAGAUGAAUUGGUUAGGGAUCCCAUCUGAUAUCUAUACAUGGAGCAUUCUUCUCAAUUGUUCUUGCCGCUUGAACGGGAUCGGUUCUGGUUUCGCUGUUCUCAGCAACAUCCUGAAACGUGGCCAUGAGCCGAAUGUCGUGACUCUGAACACUUUUAUUAAGGGGUUUUGCAUGGAAGGGCGGAUUGGGGAAGCGAGUAGUUUCUUUCUGAAGACGGUAGAAAUGGGAUAUCCUUAUAAUGUGGUGUCGUUCGGGAUACUAAUCGACGGUCUUUGCAAGUCAGGGAACACCGGAAUGGCUAUUGGGUUGCUUCGGCAAAUGGAGAUGGGUGUGGGUAAAUGUAGUCCUGACCUUCCGGUUUAUAACUCAAUCAUCGAUAGCCUAGGCAAAGAUGGGCUCACAAGGGAGGCGCUUAACCUCUUCUCAGAAAUGGUCGGUAAGGGGAUUCUGCUGAAUGUUGUCACUUACAGUUCUUUAAUUCAUGGACUAUGCAAUUUAGGCCAGUGGAAAGAAGCAAUGAGUCUGUUUGAGGAAAUGUCGAAUCGAGGAGUCUCACCCAAUGUGACAACCUUCAGCAUACUGGUGAAUGCUCUUUGCAAUGAAGGAAUGGUUAAAGAAGCCCAUGGAUUACUAGAAUGGAUGACCCAGAGAGGUGUGGAGCCUGAUGUAAUCACAUAUAGUGCAUUGAUGAAUGGCUACUGUUUUACUGGCCAAAUGGAUGCUGCUUUAAAGAUAUUUGAUUACAUGGUGUGUAAAGGGCAUAAGCCUAGUGUUGCGACUUAUUCCAUGUUAAUCAACGGCUAUUUCAAGAAUCAGAUGGUAGACGAGGCUAUGCAACUUUUUCGAGAAAUGCCUUGCAAGGGAUUGAAGCCCGAUGUUGUUACUUAUAACACUCUUAUAGGUAGGCUGUACCAGGUAUGGAGAAUUGUGGCUGCACAAGAGCUCUUCAAUGAGAUGCAAGCUCAUGGACAAUGUCCGGAUCUCAUCACAUACACCAUUUUGAUGGAUGGGCUGUGUAAAAGUGAUCGUCCUGUCGAGGCAAUGAAACUACUUAAUGAGAUGCAAAUUAGAGGAAUUCAACCAAAUAAUAAAGUUAUUGAUGUCCUUAUCAAUGGGAUGUGCAAAGCUAGGGAACUCAAAUAUGCGAAGGAGCUUUUCAGUUGGGCCUUUGCCAAGGGCUUGGGGAAUAAUGUUAGGACAUAUAACGCGUUAAUCAAUGGGCUCUGUAAAGAAGGGCUUUUGGAGGAAGCUAAUGGAUUGUUCUUGCAAAUGGAAGAGAAGGGUUCCCAACCAGACAGUGUCACCUUCAAUGCUUUAAUUAGGGGCUUUCUACAGAAGAAUGAAACCCUCAAGGCAAUGCAACUUCUCGGGGAAAUGGCUAAAAGGCAUUUUUCUGUGGAUGCAUCCACCGCAACUAUGUUAGUGGGCUUGUUCGCAGAGGACGAAAAAGGUCAAGAAUACUUGGGAAUGCUUCAAAAUUUGUGCCCUAUGGAGAAGAAGGAAUCUCAGGAGUUUGUUAUAGGUGUAGAGGAAGAUAGCUCGAGCUCGUCAUUGAUGGCGAAUAAGGAUGUUGAAGAUGAUGGAAUGAUAAAUCAUUGUGCUAUAGAGUUUGGAGAGUGCAAUGGGGUCUACAUUGAGCAGCAGUCAGUUAAAAGUUUCGAUCAAGCGAUGAUGAUUCGUAAAGGUAUAGUGUCAUCAGUGUCAGAUCUACAGAGGCAAGAGGAAGAUGAAGAGGCAUUGACAGAGAGUUUCGCAAGGGUUGAUCUAACAGUUUCUCAUGAGGUGAAGAAGAAAGAGAGGAACUCAACAAAGAGAAGGGCAAGCGUAGUUUCUCUAUCAAGAUAA